UGGAGGCGGCGAAGGAGAAGCGGCGGCAGCCAGUCCCGGCGGCGGUGGCCGGGGCUCGGUUCUCCCGGCCGGAGAUGCUGCCGCUGCAGCCCGGGAAGCGGCACCGGAGCCAGGCUCGCAGAAGGAGGGAGCUGCUGCUGGCUCAGCUCUGCCUCGGGGGCUCGCUCGCGCUGCUCCUGGCUUCCCUCUCCAGCUGGGCUGGGCAAUCCGGUUAUGAUGUCCUGAACUAUCCUGUGGAAACUUACGAUAAGUGGAGUGGGAGGAGGCUGCUGCAGGCAACAGAGGACAAUGCCACUGAGAUCCCAGAGGAAACAGAAAAUCGAUAUGUCAAGAACUGCACUGAACCAGCUCUCCAUGAAUUCCCCAGUGACAUCUUUACAAACGAGGACAGAAGACAUGGAGCUGUAGUCCUGCAUGUCCUCUGUGCCAUGUAUAUGUUCUACGCUUUGGCAAUUGUCUGUGAUGAUUUCUUUGUCCCUUCAUUGGAAAAGAUUAGUGAACGCUUGCAUCUUAGUGAAGAUGUGGCUGGGGCAACUUUCAUGGCAGCUGGAAGCUCCGCUCCUGAGUUGUUUACGUCGGUUAUAGGUGUUUUUAUCACAAAAGGAGACGUAGGAGUCGGAACUAUUGUUGGCUCUGCCGUAUUCAACAUUCUUUGUAUAAUCGGUGUGUGUGGCCUUUUCGCAGGACAGGUGAUUGCACUGUCAUCGUGGAGUCUGCUGCGAGAUUCAACCUACUACACACUGUCUGUUGUUGCGCUCAUUGUGUUUAUUUAUGAUGAAAUUGUUUCUUGGUGGGAGUCCCUAGUCCUAGUGCUGAUGUACUUCAUUUACAUCCUGAUCAUGAAGUAUAAUUCCUCCAUACAUCACUGCUUUGAAAGGAAGACAAAAAAUGCUCCAAAUAUGGUGAACGGAUUAGCAAAUAACACAGAAAUGGACGAUAACAGCAAUUGUGACGCCACGGUGGUAUUACUAAAGAAAGGUAACUGUUCCAGGAAUUUCCAUCGUAAAGCCUCAGUGAUCAUGGUGGAUGAGCUCCUGUCUGCCUACCCACACCAACUUUCCUUCUCUGAGGCUGGGCUCCGGAUAAUGAUCACCAGUCACUUCCCUCCCAAAACCCGUCUCUCCAUGGCCAGUCGCAUGUUAAUCAAUGAGAGGCAAAGGCUGAUAAACAGCAGAGCCUACACCAAUGGGGAAUCAGAAGUGGCUAUCAAAAUUCCUAUCAAGCAUGCCCUGGAGAACGGGACAGUCCCCAGCAACUCCGCUGAAAGGGGCGUAAAUGGGACCCGAAGAGACGAGGACAUGGCUGAGGCUGGAAAUGAGACCGAGAAUGAGGACAAUGAGAACAAUGAGAACGAUGAGGAAGAGGAGGAAGAGGAGGAUGAUAAUGAUGGACCUUACACUCCUUUUGACUUACCCUCUGGCAAAAUGGAAAUCCUGAAGUGGCUGUUUACCUGGCCACUGAGCUUCCUUCUGCACUUCACAGUCCCCAACUGUAACAAGCCCUACUGGGAAAAAUGGUUCAUGGUCACCUUUGCUUCCUCUACCCUCUGGAUUGCAGCCUUAUCCUACGUGAUGGUGUGGAUGGUUACGAUCAUUGGCUACACAUUGGGUAUUCCAGAUGUGAUCAUGGGUAUCACAUUCCUGGCAGCUGGAACCAGCGUGCCUGACUGCAUGGCUAGCCUUAUAGUAGCAAGACAAGGCAUGGGGGAUAUGGCUGUGUCGAACUCCAUUGGAAGUAAUGUUUUUGACAUUUUAAUUGGCCUGGGUCUCCCAUGGGCUCUGCAGACUCUAGCAGUGGAUUAUGGUUCAUAUAUCCAGUUAAACAGCAGAGGACUUAUCUAUUCCGUUGGCUUGCUGCUGGCAUCAGUUUUUGUCACCGUAUUUGGUGUCCACAUGAACAAAUGGAAGCUGGACAAGAAGCUCGGAAUUGUGUGCCUUUUCCUGUACGGCAUCUUCUUAUGUUUCUCCAUCAUGACAGAAUUCAAUGUUUUCACUUUUGUGAACUUGCCGAUGUGCAGAGAUCACUGAUCUGGGCGGCAGACUGUCGAGAGGUACUUCCUUCUUACCUGUGCAAUACCAAACACGGCUGGCGUCUCCAGAACACGGUGCACCCAACGGUCGUGAAAUAGAUCCUGCUCACUGUUCAUAGGAUUCUCCUCCCAUCUCGGUUUACCCUCUUCCGACCCCAAAACCUGGAAAAAUCCUGCAUCGAUGUGAAGAUAAUUUUUUUUCAACAUUAAUGUGAUUUCCAAGUUCAGUUUUUGAACAGUGACUGGGAUUCUAAAUGAACUGGCUGCUAUCUGGCAUUGAGCCAGGCAAAACUGGUCUGCUACAAUUCCCUCCUUUUUAAGUUAUUUGGUGGAAGACUAAUCUAAUUUAUGAUUUAAGACUAUUGCUAGAAUGCAGAAGAAGAGGGUACAUUGUAUAUGGGGUGUUUUUCAAGCAGAACUGUGGGAAUCUUUUAUUUUUUUCAGAGAUCAACAGCCUCUCUUUGCAACUUCUCCUUCUGAGCGCUGGAUUUCAUGUAAUGAUCCAAAGGUCACAAGUGCAGUGUAUUAUGGGAACUCAAUUUGAAAUACUCAGCAUAUGAGUGGAUUGACUGUUUGUUAAAAAAAUGACUGGCAAGGCAGUGGAUAACAUCCUUAUACUAUGAUUAACGGAUCUCUUAAAGGUGUUGUAAGGAAUGCAAGGUGAACAUGGAUUCAAAGGGUAAACACUGCUACCAUUUUCAUUAUUAAUGUCAGAGUUUUAUUGCUAGGUUAUUUAUAUGACUUCCAAGCAAUGGUUUAGGACUGCCAGCCCACGAGGGCUAACGAGGAGGGGUCCUGGUUUUUAAUGAUCCACACAUUGUGAUGCAAGGUCAGAACUUCAGAGGAUCAUCCAACUUCUUGUAGUUUUUUGGGGGAGUGUGUAGUUUUGUGUCUUAUUUGUUAUGAGAGGGACAUAAGCACAGUCACACAUUCUCAAAAUGAGUUGUAGACACUGGUUUCUUUAAAAGGAAAGAGGCAUACUUUGCACUGACAUUAUUACUGAAGUCAUAAUUUGCCACUCUUUAAAGAAUACACUGGACCUGGCCAAAAAUUUUUACAGCUGAACUUAUCUGAUAUCAGAUUGUUGUGGAUUUAUUCCACCUCCUUCUGGAGGAAGAAAGAGAGAGAGAGAAAUGGCACUUUUAAAAUGCAGAAUAUCUUUAAUGCAGAUUCACUCACAAAUCUAAGUUAUGAUGAAAGUUUUGCCAUUCGCUGUUCUAACAGACCUGCAAGGUUUUGUAUAAUACUGUAUUAAUAUGCAGAUAAAUUCUACUACAUGAGGAACACCUAUGAUUGCCACACUUGUAUGUAUUGAAAUUGUGGAUUCUUGCCAGUGCUGGCUGUUGUAUUUACUUUAAGCAUUGAUCACUUCUG